UGCAAGACGAUGGACAGAAAAGAAAAGGACGUACGACACAGGCAGAACGUAGAGAUCGAAGUAGAAGAGGAAUACUGAGAUCGAAUGAGGAAGGAGCUGAAUUAGCAUUGCAGUUGAAAGUAGCUUGCCAUUUGUCCAGCUUUACAGGUGUUCGAGCAGCUCUCUGGCUCGGAAUGGGGAAGGAGAGUCUUAAUCCUGGGAAAUGGUUGAAUCUCCUUGUUUCAGAGCCCUACUAUUUGUUCCAUUUCUUGACUUUCUUCUCGUAUUUCGUAAUUCGUAGCUCCGCAGCUCAUGCCCUUGCUCCUCACCUCGCUCAUCAUCUACUUCGUUGCGAAAUCCAGACGCUGUUAGUCUUUGCCCUUUUGGCCUUCAUCAAGGGAGUGAAAGAAGAACCAUGGGAGGCUUUCAUUCCUGAUGCACUUUUUCUUGCCAAGAUUUGCCUUUUUGCCGUUGCCUAUACAAUGGAUCGCUGCUUAGCUGUCUGGUAUAUUCUUGUGUUUUUAGUGUUGCAUAUGCUUACCCAGCAACCACCAUUUGAAGAAUCAGGUACUUCAAACAAGUUAACACCAUUGCAACUGGAGAGCUUGCUGACAGAAGGGAAAACUUCAAGAUUUUGGCUGGUGGAGUUCCGUGCCUCAUAUUCAUCUGCUUGCAUUCGGUCAAGCCGAUGCUUUUCUGAGCUCUCAAUCACAUAUUCAAACAAAAAUUUGUCUUUUGGAAUCGUUGAUCUCGGACUCUUCCCUAAUGCUGCAGAAAAGUUUGGAAUCUCUCUAAGCGGAAGCAUGAGCCAGCUUCCGACGUUUAUCUUAUUUGACAAUGCCACUGAGGUCACCCGUUACCCAGAGUUGGACUUCGAAGGAAAGUACUUUCAACCUACCAUUACGAAGGGACUUCUUGCUCGGCAUUUCGAGCUUGAUCGGCACCUGCUUGACUAUGUGAAUGGAAAAUAGCCAUAGGCCAUUGCUAGGAUGUUUGUCACACUCUAAGAUUUUCGGUUAUAAAUCUCUAUGAUCUUCCUGUUUUGUAAUUUCGGUAGCAUACAAAAAUGCA